UCCAUUCAGCAAGACAUCUUCCCAACUACUGCUCUACCCUUUUCUCCUUGUUUUUCCAUUCAAGCUAUAAAGAAAAACAAAACAAAGCAAAAUAGAAAGCACCUCAGAUUUUGCUCCCAAACAUAUUCCACAGAAUCUUCUUCUCCUUUCUCCCGUCUUCCAUCCCCACACCACCAAUUAUACUCUCCCAUUUCCCCUCUCUCUUCCUCUAAAUUUCCCCCAUCCCCUGUUCUCAGUUGCUUCCUUGGAUACCCACACCAAAAACAAAAAAGCCUCCAACUUGCUUCUUCUACAGCAGACUUUUGGACCGAAUAAAUAAACAAAGAUCGCUUUUUUUUUUCUACCCGCAACUUCUUCCACUUGGCCACAGGACCAGAGGGAGUAGAAACAGAAAGAGGAACUGUAUAAAGGGAGGGCCGAAUCAUGUGUGUUCAAGACGCUGAGAGCGUUGCUCAGGAAGCGGAAAUGGAGGAGGAAGAGAAGAUGGAGAAGAACGACGGCGGCGGAGGAGGAGGAAGCAGCGGCGGCAGUGAUAACAGGAAGCAAGCUCGGCCGUUUAGGCCUGCCCAGAUGGAGAAUUGGGAUAAAGACUCUUCCUUUGUGGCCCCCGGCGCCGGAAUCAGUGUCGGCGGCAACUCCUGCCCUCUGGAGAGCAUUAGUGAGGAUAGAGUCUCAACAGAAAGGAGGACGACCAACUUUGUUCCUGCCCUUAGGUCUGGGGAGUGGUCUGAUAUUGGUGGCCGCUCUGAAAUGGAGGACACUUAUGUUUGCAUUAGUGACUUGGCCAAGAAGUUUGGUUAUGAUGAUCUGCUGACACAGGAGACCAUUUCUCUCUAUGGUGUAUUCGAUGGCCAUGGGGGUAAAAGCGCGGCACAGUUUGUCCGAGACCACUUGCCAAGGAUCAUUGUUGAAGAUGCAGACUUUCCUCUUCAGAUGGAGAAAGUGAUUGCACGUUCAUUCGUUGAGGUAGAUGCUGCAUUUGCAGAAUCUUGCUCUUCUGGUUCCACGAUCUCGUCUGGUACAACUGCACUAACCGCUAUGAUAUUUGGGAGGUCAAUGCUCAUAGCAAAUGCAGGUGACUGCAGGGCAGUCUUAUCUAGAAAUGGAAUGGCGAUUGAGCUGUCCAUGGAUCAUAGGCCAUGCAGCAUGAUCGAGAGACUCCGAGUUGAGUCAUUGGGUGGGUACGUCGAUGAUGGUUAUCUCAACGGCCAGUUGAGUGUUACACGUGCAUUGGGAGACUGGCAUCUCGAAGGGAUGAAGGACGCAGGAGAAAAGGAUGGUGGUGGCGGCCCACUGAUUGCUGAACCAGAGCUCAAGCUAAUCACAUUGACACACGAGGAUGAGUUUCUGAUCAUAGGUUGUGAUGGAAUCUGGGAAGUGUUCUUCAGCCAGAAUGCAGUGCACUUCGCUAGGAGGAGGCUUCAGCAGCACAAUGAUGUGAAGCAGUGCUGUAAAGAAAUGGUGGAGGAAGCUAUCAAACGAGGAGCGACUGACAACUUGACAGUUGUCAUCGUAGGCUUUCACUCCGAGCCACCUCCAUCAACUGUAGUUCCAAAGGGGAGAGUGAGGAGGAGCAUCUCUGCUGAGGGACUGCAGAACCUGAGAUGUCUACUACAAGGAUAAUGCCGAAAAAAGUUGUCUUCUUUUCGGUUUUCUUCACCCAUACUUUUAGGAAGGGUAGAAGCUAGUCAAUAAUGGUGUAUAACCUUUGCUGGCUUGAUCUGUUUUUGUAAAUACAUUCAUUGGGGAACAACAGAUUUCCCCUUGCCGUCAUUCAGAAUCGCGGAACUGUAAUAUCAAAUUCUGGACUAAUAAUGUCUUGAGAUGUAUAUACAUAUAUAAUUGAUCCUCUUUUACCACUCAUUUGUCCUCUAUAUUGAAUCCAGUCAGACUGAUGCUAGGAAGUGGCUUUAGAGUGAAACAAACAUGUCAAAGUAUUCAGCAGCAUACCUAUAUAUAUGAUCAUAUUAUGAGCUUCUGUUCAAAGUGUACAAGAAGACAAAGGCAACUUGUGCCUAAAGAAUGAGAUCUUAAUGCUGUGUAACAGUGUAAGCAAGAAAUUCUCAGCCUUCGUUCUAUUCCCGUAAAUCAAAAUCUCUAAUAUCAAGUAUCAAAUGUACAGAGAGAGUACAACAACAAAACAAGACAACAUAUCAACAAAGAGACUUGUCAGUUUGAAGCUGUGCUCUGCUGAGGUACAAGAGUUCUCCCAUAAAGCUUCUCUUCAAUCUCAAUUUUUGCCAGCCGAAUCAAGAAGAGAGCCGCAAACGAAAUGGAAACAAUAAGCAUGAAGAACACGCUGUUCCACCCUCGUGUCGAUAUGUAACCCGCCAGAAGGGGACCAAGAGCUGCACCAACCGACCCAGUACCAUCGAUUAUUGCAGUCACGGUUGCUAAAGCACGGGAGUUGCCUUUGAUUGUGUCCUGUGUGCCAAGGUCAGCCGCGACCGCUGUGGUGAUUAAAGCAUACGGACCAUUCACAAGUGAACCAGAAAUGAACAUCAGUGCAAUGUUGGUGGCCAUGGAUAUGCUUCCAUAGACCCUGUACAAGAUUAAGGCUGGGAUUGAUAGCAACAAGAACAUCACAGAGGUUACUGCACGAGCUUCGAUCUGAUCGGAUACAAACCCUGCUACAAUUCCACCAAGGACUCCUCCUAUAUCAAAUACCGUCGAAAGAAUUCCGGCAGUUUUAUGUGACAAAUGGACCCCAGCAACAGCUGUGUGCCUAAUGUAAAAUGGCAGCCAAUAUAAGAAUGUGUAAGCAACUAGCUUGGAGAAGAAGAGGCAGAAAGCAAAUGGUGCAACCCCUGGCAAUCUCCAAGCUUCCAAGAAUCCAAUAGCAGUUGAAGAAACUGAAUCUUCCGUCCCCAGAAGCACAGUUUCCUCUGAUUCGCCCUUUUCAGCUGUCUCAACACCAUUUGUAUUCUCAUUCAUCUCGAUCUCCUUCCCUGGUAGCUCAUAUCCCAUCUCCUCAGGACUAACAACUAAAAACAAGAACACCAAAACUGCAACUAAUAUGAUCAGAAACCCGGGCAGGACGAAUGACCAUCCCCAACCAAACUCCAAAACUGCUGAAGCCAAUACCGAGCCGACGAUGUUUCCUACUGAUGUGUGCGAAGUCCAGACUCCCAUUAUCAACCCUCUCUUUGAUUUCCCAGACCAAUUCCCCACUACUGCCACCACACAGGGCCAUCCUAUAGAUUGAAACAAGCCACACAAAAUCUGCACGCCUACAAAGAAUGCUAACCAAUGUAUGUCCAACCAGUACCCUAAUCCAAACACAACUGUCAAAACUCCACUGCCCACCAUCCCAAAGACGAGGAACAACCUCAAAUUGAUCCGGUCUCCAGCGUGUCCUGCGAAGUACAUUCCAAAUGCAUAUGCUGACAAGAAAGCAAGAUCUAGCUCUCCAAGCCGCUGUGUGCCCUCAGUUCCAUUGAAUGGAGCCCAGCCUGCAUCGAGAGAGCUCGAAUUCGACUCUGCCAAUGAUGAAUUCGAUGUGGUUGGUCCCAGGACGCUUUUAACAAUGCUGGGGGGCUUUCGUGAUGCGUGGAAGGAAGCAUAAGCAAGGAAAGUGAUGAUCAACACUGCAAUUUGAUGGAAAGUCAGGGUUUUGUGAGGAGGUUUGAGAGACGGGCAGAGGCUAAAACCCGGUGGGAGGCUGCUUUGGCUUAUGGAUUGCAUUUUUGCUGAUUAGAAAGAACGAAUCAUCCAAAAACCAAACCUUCCUGAUUAUAACUCUCUACUACCCAAAUCCCACCGAUCCCUCAUCAAACUCCUGGCAUUUGCACAUCAAAAGAAUCAAAAGCUGUCAACUUUUCUAAGCAAUGUGAUCGAACCAAUGACCAGGAUGAACAAUACGAAGGAAAAAUUCAAAGGGUUGAUUUUUGGAUCGGCGAAUUGUUGACCCGGCAAAGAAUUUCGUCAAUGCGAGUCGGGCUUCGAGCUGGAAUUUGGGAGGGAAAUAGGAAAAAUGAAGAUAGGGUUAGGGUUGGGACUCCGGGAAUCUCAAUUUGAUGAUAAAUCGUGACCAAUAUGGCGUUGAAUGGUGGCGGCCAACACUGGCCGCUCUUCCGGAACGCGUACCGGACUCCGAUGGAAAGAGAUACUAAUAUCCCCGAUCCCACCGGACUUUCAAACAAAGCCUUAGAUCUCAGGUGAUUAGUUAACGAAAUCAG